GUGUGUGAAACGAUUGGAGAGCAGGGCACCAGUGCCAAAGGAGACCUUUCUCCAGCCAUUUGAUGCCUGGUGGUGCCCACUUCCCUUCUGCUUCCUUCGCCCCCCUCUUCGUUUUCUCCCCUGUUGCAAGCAGCUGCUCUGAAGAAGAAGAACAACUCGGCUGCCUUUCCAAGGCAAAGUGAUUAAUUUGGCGAGCCGGGACGGGGCUUCCUGGUGCUGCGCUCGCCUCCAGAGCAAAAACGGAGCCGGGCUCCUUGGCAAACUCCUGCUGCCUCUUCCCGGAGAGGUCCACACGCCCCCCCACCCUACCCCAGGGGCUGCCCAGGCUGCAAGGGGCUGUGAAAUGAGAAGAAUGAAAGAGAUUUGAAUGUGUCAUCUUAUCCCAGGCUGGAAAAAAGAAGGAGCCGGCAUUACUGGCUUCGCUCUCCAGGAGUGUUUUAAACGGGACAGGAGGAGAACUGCAAAGCACUUUCCAAUCUGUUUGGACUCCCUGUUUACAGAAGAGAGAUGGAAAUGCCAUCAAACACAAAAGGGGCCGCUGUGUGCCUGCUUCUCUUUGUAUUAAGUUUGGCAGCGGCCAUUGAAAUCCCUCUUUCUGUACGGCAACUCCCGACAAUUACAGAGCACCCAACCGAUCAAGUUGCAUUUCCUUUUGACGAAGAGUUUACAAUCAAGUGCGAAGCUAUAGGGAACCCACAUCCAAGCUUUACUUGGAGAAAGGAUGGGAAAGUAUUUGAUCUGCAAGGUGACCCAAGGAUACUUACAUCAAACAAUUCUGGAACAUUUGUUGUUCGGAACCGUGGAAACAUCUCCAUUUUCCAAGGAAGGUAUCGCUGCUUGGCUUCCAAUGAACUAGGAACUGCCAUGUCAGACGAGAUUGAACUAGUAGUUCCAGGUAUUCCUAAAUUCCCCAAGGAGAAGAUUGACCCGAUAGAUGUAGAAUAUGGAGAUGCAAUGGUCUUGCACUGCAACCCUCCCAAGGGAAUCCCACCACUGCACAUUUAUUGGAUGAACAUUGACUUGCAACACAUCCCACAAGAUGAAAGGGUCUCCAUGAGCCUUAAGGGGGAUCUUUUCUUUGCAAAUGUGGAUGAAAAUGACAGCCGGAGUGAUUAUUGCUGCUUUGCUGCCUUUCCGAGGCUGAGGACUAUUGUGCAGAAAAUGCCAAUGACACUAACAGUUACACGUUCAAAACAUACUAAUGAUUCCAGUUCACCUAGCGCUGCCAAGGCAAAUUUAAUCAAGGAAAGAAAACCAAAACUUGUUAUCCCUGAGUCUCCUGGCCACAGUUCAGAAGUGACUGUCAUAAAAGGAUCUGAUCUUUUUCUGGAAUGCAUUGCUGAAGGACUUCCAACACCACAUCUAACCUGGAGAAGGGUUGACAGAGGAAGGGAUGACAGAGGAGUCAGAGAGAAUUUUGGGAAGAUAUUGAAGAUAGAACAAGUCACUACAGAUGAUGGAGGGGUCUAUGAAUGCGUUGCCAAGAAUGUUUUGGGAGAAACAAAACAUCAGUUCUCAGUGGACGUCGAAGAGCCACCCAUAUGGGUAACGAAACCCAAAAGUGGAGUUUACGGUGUUGGUGAAAGUUUUGUGCUGUUGUGCCAAGCCAUUGGCUAUCCUGAGCCAACUAUAAAGUGGAAAGUGAAUGGCAGGUCUCUUGAUGAGGCAGAAAUAAAAUCCAACAGGGCUGUUUUUUCAACAAGGGAGAUCAGUGUCACCGACCUAGAGCUGCAAGACAGUGCCGUGUACCAGUGUGAGGCUACGAACAAGCACGGCACCAUCCUCGCUACAGCAAACAUUGAUGUGCUUAACAUUCCUCCAGAAAUGUUAACUCCAGAUGGUGAAGAAUAUGUUGCGGUUGUAGGUUACCCAAGCCACCUAUACUGUCAGUUUUUUGCUGUCCCAUCUCCUGAUGUUACUUGGACUAAAGAUUAUGGCAUGCAGCACCUUGAUCCUGAUCAGAAUGGAACCCUGGAAAUCAGAGUAACGAGAAAGGAAGAUGCUGGGUCCUAUACUUGCUGGGUGAAAAAUUCCGCUGGGAGACGCGCUAUCACUGCUACCCUUACUGUCAGAAAUGCUACCAAAAUAUCUGUUCUGCCUAAGAACCCACAAAUUUUGAAAUCACAUCCAGUUGCAUUGAAAUGCCAUGCUGAGUUUGACUCCCAUUUGAAACACCACUUUCAAAUCUCUUGGAGAAAGGAUGGAAAGGAGCUUGUAAAGAAUGACACAGAGGAUGGGAGAAUAAUUAUGGAGAUGGACACCUUGAUUAUAUCGAAUGUGGAAUUAGAAGAUCAGGGUGUGUACACCUGUGUAGGCCGCACAUCUCUUGACAGUGCUACAGAUGAUUCCCGCAUAACUGUCCUUUAUGUCCCUGACCCACCAGAAGACCUCCACCUCUCCGAAAAACAGAGCAGAAGUGUGAGGCUAUCAUGGAAUGCUGGGAGCAGUAACAACAGCCCAAUUAAUGAAUCAAUUGUGGAAUUUGAAGAGAACCGAUGGGAGCCCAGAAAGUGGCAGGAAUUAAUCAGGCUCCCAGGGAAUGACAGUACAGUUGUCUUACCACUGUCCCCUUAUGUAAAUUACCAGUUCCGUGUUAUAUCUGUCAAUGCCGUUGGGAGAAGCCAGCCUAGCGAACCGUCAGAACGAUAUGAAACACCACCAGCUGCUCCAGACAAGAACCCGGAAAACAUCCGAAUUGAAUCUUCUGAACCACAUGAAAUGAACAUGACAUGGGAGCCACUAAAGCCCAUGGAGCAGAAUGGACCAGGCCUGGAGUACAAAGUGAACUGGAAACAACAGGAUAAUGUUGAAUGGGAUGAAGAAACAGUGAAAAAACAUUUCUUGGUAUUGAAGAACACCCCCACCUUUGUACCUUAUGAUAUCAAAGUUCAGGCAGUGAAUAGCUUUGGGUCUGGCCCUGAGCCCAAUAUAAUAACUGGCUACUCAAGCGAAGACAUUCCGGAAGCUGCUCCUUCAAAUGUGAUUGUACACGCUAUCAACAGUACUCUCGCUAAAGCCAUCUGGUCUACCAUUCCAAAGGACAGAGUUCGCGGCCACCUCCGGGGCUACAAGGUCAGCUGGUGGAAAAUACGAAGCCGUUUAGAUGGAAAAAGCCAUCGCCAGGAGAAACGUUUCUUGACAUUUAACGCAGACCGAAAUGAUGGAAUGAUUCCCGGCCUGGAGCCUUUCAGUGAAUACCUCUUAACUGUUUUGGCUUUUAAUUCGAAAGGAGCUGGACCAGAAAGCAACACAUACAAAUUCCAGACCCCCGAGGGAGUACCAGAAAAGCCACACUUCCUAAAGAUACUAAACUUAGAUAAAGACUCCGUAACAUUAUCAUGGGGACCACCAAAGAAACCAAAUGGCAUUGUCACUGGAUAUAUUUUGCAGUACCAGAUAAUUAAUGAAACUGAUGACGUUGGGCCCUUGCAUGAAAUCAAUAUUACCAACCCAUCAUCAUUCAACUUCAGGCUCUCCAAUCUGAGCAUCAGUACAAAGUACAAGUUCUAUGCAAGAGCCUGUACUGUACAAGGCUGUGGGAAACCAAUCACAGAGGAAGCAGUAACAGUAAGCGAAGGCAGUAAAGCUGUCGGGAAGAUUUCUGAAGCAGUAAAUCCCACCCCAAAGACUCAGCCUCUUGAGGCACUUGAGCCUGAAACUGCACACACAGUUCGACUAGUAACUAAGAAUUGGGUUGAUAAUAAUAGCAUUUCUGCAGAUGUAAUAGACGCAAGGGGGAGAGCAUCCAUUGGGAUUUAUGAAAGAAUCUCUACGCAAGGCUGGUUUAUUGGACUGAUGGGUGCCAUUGCUCUUCUGACUUUAUUGUUGCUCACAGUCUGCUUUGUUAAAAGGAACAAAGGAGGGAAAUACUCAGUGAAAGAAAAAGAAGAUUUGCAUCCGGAUCCCGAAGGCCAAUCCAUAAAAGAUGAAAUCUUUGGUGAAUAUAGUGACAGCGAUGAAAAGCCACUCAAAGGGAGCCUGCGGUCUCUCAACAUGGACAUCAAAACUGCAGAAAGCGCUGACAGUUUGGUGGAUUAUGGAGACGGGGACCACAGAAUGUUCAACGAAGAUGGCUCCUUUAUUGGAGCUUACACGGGCUGCAAGGAAAAAGCAUCGGUUGAAAGCAUCGGCAGCUCUACAGCAACCUUCCCUCUCCAUGCAUAAGAUGUUAGCAUGAAUAAUCCAUUUCAGAUCACCAUAUUUAUCGUUUACUAGCCAUCAAAUAUCAUACAGGUCAGACGUAGGCUGCAGGAAAGUUCAAGACCUUGACAUCCGGCCUAUGUAGAAAUAGGUGGUUGACUUCAAAAGCUGGUUUUUGAGACUCUUCUUCCUCAAGGCACGGUUGUUUUCAGUUAGUUAAAAUGUGACUCAGACCUACAGUUUGGUAAGAUAUAUGCCACUCAGUCUGACCAAAACCAAGGCUACUUCAGUGUUAUAUAUGUAUAUAGGGAUCUGGUGUCCUCCAUGUUUCUUACGACCCGGUCCUUUAGAUAUGUGUGGCUGCAACGACACUCAAACAGCUUACACUAAAAUGUUUACUAUGGUGUCUUUGGUUUCGAUGGUGGGUCAUAGGAGUCCUCCUGCACUGCCUCUCAGAUGCAAUCGCAUUUUAAAAAGUGACCACCAAUUACUGGAUGCUUAGGAUUGUGCUGGCAUGACUCACCCUGGGUUGGCCAAUGUCAGGUAGGAUGCUAUCUGACCAAAUCAUUGCCAGCCCUGCCUCUGCUAAACCCACCUGGUGCUCAGUUCUCUGCUACACAGCAACACUAUGUUAUGCCAUGCCAUGCCAUGCCAGUGUGUUGCAUCUGCCAAUGGUGUGCUAACACUGACCCACAGUAGCAGUGUGGCAUCUUGUAUCCAGAACAACCCCAGUGCAAUGUACUCUACUACUCACCCACUCAAUUCCGAAUGUUUGUUGCCACACUAUAGCUAAAAGGUUUGGACCUUAAACUAGAACUUCCUUUGUUUCUCAUUUCCUUUGCAUAAACAUUUCAAAGCCUGUUUUCUAAUACUAUCAGAACUUACAGGGAUCAGACUCCAGGCAGAGAAAUCAACAGUUACUUAUAGUAAAGUCCGAGAGAGAGAGAGAGAGAGAGAGAGAGAGAGAGAGAGAGAGAAUUUUAAAUGAAUGCAUUCCAAAUGCUACAUUAUUUAAUGUCCUAAAGGCAACUUCCCCAAUGAUUAUGGAAUUUGUAUUCUGUGUUGAUGGCAGAGGCUUAGAAAUGCAGCAUGGUCUACCUUCUGCCAAACUUCCUGAAACAUUGGAUUAAAAGUUUUUCUCCUCUUUUCGACCACUAGCUGGUGCUCUUUCUUUAUGAAUUCAGCUGCAACAGCUUUCUUCUGGCUGGGGAAAGCACAGGUCUGAUUUAGAGCAAUUGAGUUCCCUUCAGUUCAGGGGGGGGGGGUAAUAGGUUCUCCCGCUGCUUAGCACCCCUUUUAAGCAAAGUGCUGCCUUUUGAAGCAAACUGGGUUUAUCAGUACCCUAUCUGUAUAUUUGUACACCCACACACCUUUUUGUACAUAUUCUGUUUAUAUUGUUGGAAUGGGGGCAAGACACAUUUUUUUUGUUGUUCUGGGGUAUUUUUGCAGCAAAACACAAUGGUUUCUGGGACCAUGGAGAUGAGGAACAACUGGGUUUCUCUUGUCAAGUCCAGUUUUAUAUGAAUGAGGUCCAUUUUCCAUACAAAACAUGUUGAGAAGCAUUUCUGCUGUACUCAAUUUCCCCCCUCCUGUUCCAUCCACACACACACACACACACACACACACACACACAGAUAUAUAUAUUCAAAAUCCCCCAGCCAUGAAUAUUUAAAAAUUCAUUGCAGGCACAGCUUAUGUGCUACUGAAUCAAAGGAAAUGUCAUUACUGAAAAAAGUCUUUUAUAUAUUAUUAUUAUUUAGUCCCAGCAGAGUUGUUG